AUAUUCUCCAACGGAAUAACGAAUCAUCGGAAAUGGUCGCAAACAGUAGUAGCAGUAGUAGCAGUAGUAGUGGUGGUGAACAUCUACGACGAGUGAUACGUUCAUAUGUUGAAACAUUACAUCAUCAUCAUCAUUAUUAUGAGCUUCAUUCAUCAUCAACUUCAUCAAUUAAUUCAAUAUCAUCAUCAUCAUUAUCAUCGAUAUCAUCGAAUGGACCAUCAUCAUCAUCAUCAUCAUCGGCAACAUUGUUAUCGACAAAUAUUUGGCCAAAUAUAGCUUAUAUACCAUAUUUUAUACAAGAACCAUAUGGAUUUGUAAAAUAUUCCAAUCAAUAUGGUCAUCAAUUGCCUUGUCAAAUUGGAUUUCGAAAAGUUUUACUUGAUACAUCAUCAUCAUCAUCAUCAUCAUUUACAGCAUCACAUUUACGAUCAAAAGAUGAUGAUAUUGAAAAUUUAAUAUCAAAAAUAUAUUGGGAAGUACGUGAUGAACGUUCAUUGAAUGAUGAACAAUAUGUACCGGCAUUAGAUGUAACCGGUAUACGUGAACACCGUUCAGAUGGUUCAUUAGCAUUUAUGCCUUUUGGUUAUGAACAAUCAUCAUCAUCAUCAUCAUCAUCAUCGAUUGAUUCUAAAUCAUCAUCAACGUCCAACAAUAAUAACAAUAAUCAAAUCAAUAUGAAUACAGCCUAUACAAGUAUUGCAAAUGAAUUACACAAUAGUCUUUAUCGUUGUGUUGUUGAAUUUAACGGUGGUUUAGGUAGAAUUAUUUCCCGUUCAAUACAUGUUACUGUUGUUUUUGAAAAGAAUUUUGCAUCUUCAUCAUCAUCAUCGUCAUCUUCAUCG